AUGAAUGAAAUAUUUGAUUCCGAAGAACCAAAUACUGUAUUCAUUGAUGAAAUACCAAUAGUAACGCACGAUGUAUGUACUCAAACUUUCGAUUCGUUUUCUAAUCCAGAAAUGGAGCAACAUAUUGAAAAUAGUCAUGAAAAUGAUACAAAUCAAUUAGAACGUAGUAAUAGUAGAUUUCAACUUCUAAAUGAUUAUAAUAAUAAAUUUAAAGAUAAUGAUUUGCAUGAGUUUGAUGAUGAUGAUGAUACAGAUUCUACUGAUACGAAUAACGAUGCGGAAGAAAUAUAUGAAGCUCAGUACAACGUAUUCGGUAAUGAUUUUGAAACUCAACAACCUCCAAAUGCUACUGAACUUUCAGUAAUAUUAAUUUUUGUUUGGAGAAAGCAUUCUAUGAGUAAAGCUGCCGUAAAUGAUAUUUGUCGAAUUUUGAAUGUUUUCAAUGUUCCAAACAUGCCUAAAGAUUUUCGUGGUGUGAUGUCUAAAAGUUUAAAUGCUUCAAAAUGUAAUAUCAAGGGAUGUCAAUCUGCUUCAUCCUAUGUUCGUACUCCAACAUCAGUAUCUACUUUUCGUAUUUUACCUCAAAUUAUUGCGAUUCUUGAGCGUGAAAAUCUUGUAGCAUUAACAUAUGAAUCUGAUCAAUGUCGUGAUGUAAUGAACUCUCAUCGUCAUUGCGAAAUAGUGAUGAAGGAAAAACAAACACAUCUAGGAAGAAAUAUAGUGACUCUUACACUUAAUUCUGAUGGUGUGUUCAUUAAACGAUUAUCUCGUCCUUUAUGGAUCACAUGUGCUUGCAUAAAUGAAUUACCUCGAAGGAAAAGAUUUGAAAUUAAUAAUAUAUUAAUAUGUUCUAUGUCAACAAGUGCUGAAAAACCAAAAAAACAAGAAUAUUCAGCAAUAUUAAGGGGUAUCGUCAAUGAAUUAAAAUUUCUUGAAUACGUAGGCUUCUAUAUUUUAUUACCAUCGGAUAAAAAAGGCACUGCAAGAAAUUAUACACAUUUCCAUGCAUUUACGAUAUCUGCUGUCUGUGAUAAACCGGCACAGGCUUUACUUGUGAAUAUAAAUGAUCCAACUGGUUAUUUCAGCUGUGGUUUCUUUUUUUUCUCAUUUGCUGUACUAUUUAUUUAUGUUAAACAAGGUGAAACUAGUUCUUCAGGUAUGCGAUGUUUUAUUCCAAAUGAAAAAAUUCCGAUGAAGAUUCGUAGUAAUGCAACGUAUGAUGCAUUUAUGCAGCUUUUAGCUAGAAAUUAUAUGCCAAAAGAUCCUAUGAAAGAUAAAGCAUGUGGACAGUUAGGUUAUUAUGCGUUACGUGAACUAACUUAUUUUGAAAUUGGAGAAAGUUUCUGA